AAUGCAGACGAAAAAGUUCCAUUCCGCGCGAACUUCUUGGAUGGGUUGGCUAGAAACGGUCGUAGAGCUCAUUAGCUUGUUUUAAGCACAACUAUUUAAUUUGAUUACAGUCAUGUCACUGCUUAUUCUAUCUAACGAGGUUCUCCUUAAACACAUUUUCGCGUUUCUGGAGAUAUCAGACUUGUAUAAACUGAUGCAUUCUUGCAGUCGACUCAGUACUGUUUUGCGUGAUGCAAACCAGCUUUGGAAGAAAAAGUUUCAAGAAAGAUGGCCCAAAAUUUGUUUACGUGAACAACGAGGACGUGUAGUUAACUGGCUGGACAGGAUGAAUCUACGACUAAGGAUCAUAAGAAUAGUCAAAGAAGAAGUUGGGAGCAUGUCUGCUCUUUGUUAUCCUGAAAGUGCUGAAAUAUAUACGCCUGAAAAUGUCAUUAAAACAUUAACAACUGGUGACUACCCUUAUCUUGUAUUCAUUGACGAUGAACUUACACGACUGAAGUUUAACCCACCAGAGGAAUUGGCAGAUGAUUUGACUUUCACCCAUUACGCCAGACACUUGUACACAAAAGUCAGGAUGUGUCUACUAGAGAAGAAGUGGUUGAACUUUAUGCGCCAACCAGAAUCAAAGAAAUCUUUACUUGAGGGUGCCCUGCUUGUCUCUGAAUGGAUCAACAUGGACUUCCGGGAGAUUCACAGUUCAAGUGACAGUGAAUUGAUGAUUGACUGGAUUGUUGACAGGGUGAAAUUUCUCCUUGGCGAAACGAGAAACUAUUCAUUUCAAGAUGCAGACGUACAACCCACUGAAAGAGAGAUUUUGACCACCAUCAGCCGAGUGUUAUUUCAUGAUGAGGAAAUGAAAAUGCUUCUUAUAUAUGUAGACGACGAAGUUAACGAUCGCGAUCAUUCUGUUGCCUGUGGUUGUUUUACCCCCGGAACUUAUUCUGUUGACCUGGUUCUUGUAUCCGAUGCGAGAAUAGGCCAUAACAACAUUUUUUGCGUCAUCUAUCAAGAAGUGGCCAAGAGGAUGGGUAUUUUGUGUGAACCGGUAUUCUGCUACAAGGACCAUAGAUUCUACAAAAGAGUGGUACUUCGGUGGAAGGAAUAUCCAGAGCAAGCAGAAGGUUACACUUACAUUGACAUGUAUAGGAAAGGCGUCUUGCAACGUCUCGAUGCCAGUCGUCGCCUCGGCCCUGUUUACGGUUACUUUGACGAUGAAGAGUAUUAUGAUGUUGAUGUUAAUCCACCUGUUGUCCCGGCGGAAGAGGUUUUCCAGGAAAUGCUGCGUCUUUUGCUUGAAGAGGACAGUAGGUUUUGUAAUAUAAAUCACGGGUACACUAAGCCGUACGUAGUGUACCCGACAUCAAGUCUAUGUCGACUUGCGUGUGCAAUUUCCCCCUCGUCAACUAAGUUGGUUAAAACAUAUGCAACUUUUUGCGAAAAGAAACACAUCCAAUUUGGUGAUGCCAUUCGACUGUGCCAGGAGCGAAGAAUUUCCUGCAGUAAAUUACACAAACUCUUAAAUGAACACAGAAACAAACUAGCGGAGAAGGUUGUGUGCAAUCGUUCUCCGUCCAUCAAAUACGCGAUUGGCCUUGUCAUGAUCUACAACGAUGAUGCAAAAAGCUAUUUGCAUAAAAGAGCUUGUGUUAUUAUUUCAUGGGAUAUUAAAUGCAAAGGAUAUUAUUCCGGUAUGUACGGAAAACCAGUUGCCAAUUUGGAUCAGCCUUUUUACAAUAUCCUGUUGGAUGAUAGGUUCCCCGAAUAUGUCCCUGAAGAGAAACUGGAGCUUCAUCGCAAUCCCAACUCCGCUAGUGUAAAUAAUGGGAACCUUGGAAUGCAUUUCUCCAAAUUUGAUGGUCGCAUUUACGUACCAAACCCUAUGUCUCAAUCUCGUUUUCCCGACGAUGAGGCCUUUGCACGAUCUCUGGUUGGAACAAUGUGAUUUUUUUUUCUCUAUUUAUGGUUUCGUAUUAACUCAUUCGUACUCUCCUUGGUUUAAAUUGUUUGUGUUAAUUUGGAGUUUUUGCUCGAGUUUUUGUAAGAAAACACGGAUAGUUUUGUAAUACGGAUAAAUAAGAUAAACGAUUUAAAUGAUUA